AUGGUCAAGCUCAGCAAGGUCUUGUGUGGCGUUCUCGCAUGGGUUUUUGCUGCUCCAUGUCUUGCUGGAGACAAUGAAACAACAUAUGUGACUACCACCCCAAUUUUCAUGGAGUGGGACAAUGGAGCAUCCAACAUGACAGUUACUCUGGGUCUUAUCAAUGCAAACUAUGCUUGGAAAUAUGUCAACAACACACUUGACGUCGACCUUGACAAACGCACUGGUAUCACCAUCACGAAAAUCAAGACUACGGUCAAAGCAGGGACAAAAAUUAUUGCCACAGUAAAGGCAGGUAUUGAAAUCUAUGAGUUUCUGGCUGGCAUUAUCAAGUCCAAGUCAGAUGCGAACAGUUGUACCUUGACUUAUGGUACAGAUCGAUGA